GCUGUGAGUCGCUUGGAAAACAUGAAAGAAGUAGCUAUUGACUCUUCUGCUGUUGAGUCUUUUCCGAGCAUUCGCUCUGGUAGCUAUGCCAACAUUGGAACGAGGCAUUCUAUGGAUGAUGAACACAUUCGGAUUGAUGAUCUAUCUGCUCAUCUGGGUUCUUUCUUCAAGUGGCCAAGUGCUUUUUAUGCUGUGUUUGAUGGUCAUGGUGGGCCUGAUGCUGCUGCUUAUAUCAAGAGAAAUGCUAUGAGGUUGUUUUUUGAAGAUGCCGAGUUGCCACAAACAUCUGAUAUUGAUGCUGUGUUCCUCGACGCAUUGGUGGAUUGCCAUAAGAAGGCAUUUUUACUGGCAGACAUUGCCUUGGCUGAUGAAAGCAGCGUUAGUAGUUCUUGCGGAACAACAGCUCUGACUGCCCUAGUUCUUGGAAGGCAUCUACUGGUUGCAAAUGCUGGUGACUGCCGGGCAGUUUUAUGCAGGAAAGGGGUAGCUGUUGAUAUGUCACAAGAUCACAGGCCUUCUAAUUUGCCAGAGCGCAAGCGGGUUGAGGAGUUGGGUGGCUACAUUGAAGAUGAAUAUCUUAAUGGUUAUCUCUCGGUUACUAGAGCUCUUGGAGACUGGGAUUUGAAACUCCCACUUGGGGCUGCAUCGCCUCUCAUUGCUGAGCCAGAUGUUCAAGAGCUUAUGUUAACAGAGGACGAUGAAUUCUUGAUCAUUGGUUGUGAUGGCAUAUGGGAUGUUUUGUCAAGCCAGGAUGCUGUCAGCUUUGUCCGGCGUGGACUUAGGCGGCAUGAUGACCCGGUGAUGUGGGCCAGAGAACUAGUUAUGGAAGCAUCACGCCUCCAUUCAACUGAUAAUCUAACUGUAGUUAUCAUCUGCUUCUCUUCACCUAUUGUUGUUGAGUCAUGUACCCCUCGGAGGAGGUUCAGGUGCUGCAGUCUUUCUGAGGAAUCUCGAAAUAGAUUGAGAAGCUUGUUGGAAGGCACUUGAACGUGCAGAAAAAUUAUUUUGUAUUUGCAGAAAUUUUUAAUGAUAAAGGAUUUUUGUCUGUUUGUGGCUGUUUCAGAUAGCUAAGAAAAAAAGCAGCCAGCUGUUCUGUAGGGAUAGAAGAGAGGAUACUGGAAUAGCGGUUGCGUCAAGUAAAGAUUAUGUUUCUGGAUUGGUAAAUUUAAUGAGGCCAGAUUAUUUUGCCAUAGUUUCAUAUUCGGUUCAUUUCAAUACGUGCCCAGUUUGUUUUAUUUUCUUUUAUUAAUCAUCUGUCUCGUAUGGAGUUAGAACUGUUGGGUUGGGCAAUAAUUUGAAGUUGAUUUAUGCAUUGAUUUGUUUCUGGCUUUCUGAUUCCAAUUCCAACCACUAGUCAUUUGUGUUGGAUCGUUUAACCCGUGGCAGAGGAGUUUUUGUUCAUUUACUAGGAUGGGUUGGUUUAGUGGCGCACAAAGGCCUCACAAUCUUAAUGGAAGGCGAGGCCAUCUGAUCUGCCCACACAAUCAGUCCACCACGAGACGAGAAAGAGUGAAGGUAGGAUAUCUGAGGCCACCAUUUUCUGGAGUUUAUACCUUCACCUUGUACAUUAUCAACAAAGAAAUUCCAAAUAAUGGACCUGUGGUGUUAUUCCAUGCUACAUGUUCUUUGCCCACAUAUCAUUGCCCAAUCGCCCUCUUUCUCUCUCAUUUUGGGGCUUGGCCCCGUCAAACCAUUUGAUUUGGGGGACUGAAUAUGAUUAAUGGCUGGAACUCUAGAAAAAGAUCCAGCCGUUGAAUCAAAAUCACUUUCAACGAUUUAGGUUGAAGGUGGACCUGCUCAUCAAGGGUCGGGAUCCGUUCAUUUUAUGAUACAGAAGAAAAUUGCCAGUCAAAUUGACCGAGGCAAACGAAAGGCUUUGAUUGCAUCAGAUUCUCACUUGUAACCGACGCACGAAUACACCAGAUUGCUCUGAACUAUAAAUAAAACAAAAAAAUAAAAAAGAAAAAAGGUAAAAUAUUCUUGGGCCGGUGAAUUGUCAAAAGCCGCAGUCUCAUCGUCAUGAUACAAAUUAGAAAGAGAACUCACACUGUGUAGAUACCACAACAAUAAAAAAUGGCGAUGGCAAGCUUCGCGAGAAGAAAGGCAUACCUUCUUGCUAGAAAUUUCUCCAAUUCCAACCCUGAUGCUCUCAGGUACUCUUUCUCGCUCACCAGCUUCUCUCGUGGCUUCGCCUCCUCGGGAUCUGAGGAGAACGACGUCGUUGUCAUCGGCGGCGGUCCCGGCGGCUACGUCGCUGCUAUCAAGGCCGCUCAGCUCGGACUCAAAACCACUUGCAUCGAGAAACGUGGAACUCUCGGUGGCACCUGCCUCAACGUUGGAUGCAUCCCUUCUAAGGCACUUCUUCACUCCUCCCAUAUGUUCCAUGAAGCUCAGCAUUCAUUUGCCAGCCAUGGUGUGAAGUUUUCAUCUGUUGAAGUUGAUUUACCAGCUAUGAUGGCUCAAAAAGACAAAGCUGUUGCUAACCUGACACGAGGUAUUGAAGGUUUAUUUAAGAAGAACAAAGUGAACUAUGUGAAAGGGUAUGGCAAAUUCAUCUCCCCCUCUGAGGUGUCUGUAGACACAAAUGAAGGUGGAAACACUGUUGUGAAAGGCAAGAAUAUUAUAAUUGCGACUGGCUCUGAUGUCAAAUCUCUACCUGGAAUCACCAUUGAUGAAAAGAAAAUUGUAUCAUCUACCGGUGCUUUGGCUUUGUCUGAAAUUCCUAAGAAGCUUGUGGUCAUUGGGGCAGGCUACAUUGGGCUUGAGAUGGGCUCAGUUUGGGGCCGGCUUGGUUCAGAAGUAACUGUUGUUGAGUUUGCCCCAGAUAUCGUCCCAAGCAUGGAUGGGGAAAUUCGCAAGCAAUUCCAGCGUACGCUUGAGAAGCAGAAGAUGAAAUUCAUGCUCAAAACUAAGGUGGUUGGAGUUGAUAGUUCUGGAGAUGGUGUAAAGUUGACUCUUGAGCCAGCAUCUGGUGGUGACCAGACAACACUUGAAGCUGAUGUGGUUCUUGUUUCUGCUGGUAGGACUCCAUUCACUGCUGCACUUGGGCUGGACAAGAUAGGCGUGGAAACAGAUAAGGUGGGACGAAUUCCAGUGAAUGAAAGGUUUGCAACAAAUGUAUCUGGAGUUUAUGCAAUUGGGGAUGUGAUUCCAGGACCAAUGUUGGCCCACAAGGCAGAAGAGGAUGGAGUUGCUUGUGUGGAGUUCAUAGCUGGUAAACAAGGCCAUGUAGAUUACGACAAGGUCCCUGGAGUUGUCUAUACACACCCUGAGGUUGCUUCUGUUGGUAAGACAGAGGAGCAGGUUAAGGCACUUGGUGUUGAUUACAGGGUUGGGAAGUUUCCUUUCGUAGCAAAUAGCCGUGCCAAGGCAAUUGAUGAUGCUGAAGGGAUAGUCAAGAUAUUGGCUGAGAAGGAGACAGAUAAAAUAUUGGGAGUCCAUAUCAUGGCCCCUAAUGCUGGUGAGCUCAUUCACGAGGCAGCACUGGCCCUUACGUAUGAUGCUGCAAGUGAGGAUAUAGCACGUGUGUGCCAUGCACAUCCAACAAUGAGCGAGGCAUUGAAGGAAGCUGCCAUGGCUACACAUGACAAGCCCAUACACAUAUAAAAUAUUGAACAGUAAUUGUUUUUCAUUUUUGUCUUCAGGAUUUUGCAAGUUUAGCAAAAACUUGACCUUUUCUAAUGUUUUUGUUAUUGAAGCAGAUGAAAUGCUUGAAUAGAAAUUUGCCGUUGUUCAUUUCCUUGCAGAAUAAUUUCAUGUGUUAAUAUUGUCGGAUGACAUGAGAUGUACUUUGAUCUAAUGGGCAAUAAUCAAUCGGAAGGAGCUAGUAUGUAUGGUCGCAACUAGUGUUUAA